AUGGUCGGAGCGCGCCGAGCCCGUGUCCGCGGCGGAGCAGGCGGAACUGGAAUUGGAAGGUCCCCCAAACGGGGAAGCGGGGAGGAGCGACGCGAUGGGGUCGCGGGGAAGGUGGGGAAGGGUGGGGAGGGUGGGGAAGAUGGGGAAAGGUGGGGAAAGGUGGGCAGGAUGGGAAGGGUGGGGAGGGUGGGGAGGGAGUGGAAGGUGGGGAGGGUGGGGAGGGUGGGUAGGGUGGGGAGGGUGGGGAAUGUACGCUGCUCUCACUCCCUUCCCUUCCACCCGUUCUCCACGUACCCCGGGCAGAAAAAAAAGAAGGGAGUCACAACAGCAGAGGACGUCGAGUUUUUUCUGCGCCGCCGCUUCCCUGCCUGCAAACUGGAAUACAUCGGCGGGCAGCCCGGGCAGGCGAAAGAAAAAGGCGGGGGAAUCGUGUGGCCUGUGUUUGUGUUCGACCCUUUCGUCAACGACACCACCUUCUCCUCCAUGCUGCAACCCAUCAAGGGCCUCUCUCCCCGCCGCUCCCCCCAGUUCCGCCCUUUCGCCCUCGGGCCUCGAGACGGGGUCGCCCUCUUCCACCCCGUACCCUCUCCCUCCUCUCCCUCCUCUUCCUCCUCCUCCCCCUCAUUCUCUGCAUCCUCUGCUGCCACCUCCUCAUCGUCUCAAGAGACGCGGGAAGCGGCAGUGCUGCGCCUGCGCACGUUCAUGUGUAUGCACUCCCACCGUUGGAUCGACAUCCUACGGCUGGACAUCGCCGGGCUGGAGCUCGAUCUCUGCGAGAAUGCAGCAGCAGCAGGAGGAGGAGGUCGGGGAGGAGGGGCUUUAGGAGGGGGAGAUGCAUUUGGCACCAGUGUGGGAGAUCUGACGCAACAUGGCGCCGCGGCAUUGGCCGAGAAGACCCCCGUGGGGCCCACGCCAGGGAGUGUUCCGAUUGGCCAGGUGGCGGUGAGAUUCCAUGCUGAGCUGGCGGGGAGAGACGGGGCGAAGAGGCGGCAGAAAUGUGAGGAGACCUUUGCUGCGUGGGGACUGAAGAGAGUGCAUGUGAUGGGGGAUGGGAACACUGUGCUGUUUGCUCGCACCGAUGCUCCUCCUGCAUUGUAA